UUACCGCAUGUGAACUGAGACUUAUGGAACACAUGGUAAUUGAAAUUAUUAUAUAAAAAAAAUGUUUAUAGUAUUAAUUUAAUAAUUAAAUAUUAUCCAAACUAUUAAUAUUCAGUAAGUGUUUCAUUGUACAGCAAUAGAGAGUUUCUGUAUAAAGAAUUAUACAAAAUGAUUGACAAUUUAAAAAAACGUAAAGUCUCAAAAAAGACAAAAAAAUCAUGGAGAAAAAAUAUUGAUACAAAAGAUGUUGAUAAAUAUUUAGAAAAUAAACGUCUCGAAGAACGUCUUGGUGCACCAUUUUCUGAGAGAGCAAAUUCAGAAUUAUUUUCCAUUGAUACAGCACGCGAUGAAACAUUGCUUAUCAGUAAAGCUGAACGUAGAGCAAAAUUAAAAUUAAAAGAGCCAAGAUGUUUUGCUAUUUUAAAACCGCAUACAGCAAUUUUAGAUCCAAUUAGUAAAAGAAAUCGUGUUAAAACACCUGAGGAAAGAAAAAAUCCAAUAAGAAGAAAAUUUGAACAGGAAAGAAAAAAAAAUGGUAUUUUAAAAUUAAGAGAAAAAAAUUCACUAAAAGAUAGAAAAAUUGCCGAUGAAAAUAGAAAUAAACGAUUUAAACGCGGUGAAUUUAAAGAAGAUAUUUGGAAAAUAGAAAUGAAAAAUGAAUUGCCAAUUGUAAAUGAAUUGAAUAGCGAUUGGUUUACUUCGGAUACUAUUAGACAUACAUUGGCAAAUACGGGGAAAAAAAGAAAACGUAUUCCUGAGAAUUUAAUUAAAAAACCAUCUGUAUUACCCGCUGUUCAAAUUCCACAUCCUGGAACAUCUUAUAAUCCAUCUUUUAACGAUCAUCAAGAUUUAUUGAAAGAAGUCGCUGAUAAGCAAUUGAAAUUUGAAAAAGAAGAAGCACAUUUGAAUAGAGUUACCAGUAAAAUGUUCAAAAAGGUAUCGCCAGAGGAAAAGGAUCGAAAUACUUUAGAAGAAUUGUCCGAAGGUUUACCAUUAAAUUCAAAAAUUGAAAAUCAAGAAGAAGAAGACAAUGAUGAUGAUCCAAUUGUAAAAUCUGUGAAUCCACCAGCGAAAAAUGAAAAGAAAACAUUACAAAAACGACGUAAACAAAAGGAGGAACGUGAAAUGAAAUUACAACGUAAACAAAAUAAAGUGGAAAAGAAAAAAGUUGCCGAUAUUUAUAAAUUGAAACUUAUUCAUAAACAAAUGGAGAGUAAGGAGAAAAUUGAAAUGAAAUUAAGGGAGAAACGUGAAUUAAUAAAGGAAAAACAAACAAUGGAGCCAAAAGUUUUAAGUAGAAUAAAAUAUGAAGAAGUUGAACCUGAUUUUAAACUUGGCGGUGAACUAACGGGAAAUUUAAGGAACGCUGAUCCUGUGGGAAAUUUAUUGAAGGAUAGAUAUAAAUCUUUACAAAAGAGAAAUAUUGUUGCACCUGCAACAUUAGUGUUGAAACGAACGAAGGCAAAUGUAAAGAGAUACAUUAAAGCGGAUCACAAAAUAAAUAAAAAAUAAUUUGUUAUUAAAUUUAUUCAUUUAAUUGGCAAAGAAAUAAAGGUAAUUUUUUUUUUUUUUUU